CAAUAAGGUUUUUGCAAGGUAUCUAUCAGAUUAGCAUGCAGAGAGCUGUGGAGGAGGAAAGCAAAGCAAGCAAAGGUAGGAACAAGGCAUCUUGAGAAAGCUCCUUGCCAGCAACUCAAACACGAAUUUGCAUUCAUCUGUGCAAAUAACUGCCUUCCUAAUGACCCUGCAGCCUCUAUAUAUAUAGGCAGCCAUUAGAAGAAAUACAGCAUGACUGAAGAACACUAGAGAUUGCAUCACCAGUUCCUAAUUAGGUAGUGGCUCUCUGGUUAAUUGGUUAGUAGAACAUCGGCUUGGGCUUUUGAUUCAGUGAGGAUUAGUAUACAUUAGUAAUUACUAAGUGAGUAGUGAGAUUUGGGCUUGAAAAGUAGUUCUUAGAGGCAAGGUACACAAACACAUGGGAGGCACUCUGCAUUACCUGUCUGGUCUGCUGCUGGGUGGCAGCGGCAGCAAGAGCCACAAGCUGAAGAAGCAGUUCAACACGGUGGAGCUCAAGGUGAAGAUCGACUGCGACGGCUGCGAGCUCAAGAUCAGGAACACCCUCGCCAACAUGAAAGGGGUGCAGUCGGUGGAGAUAAACCGGAAGCAGUCGAAGGUGACGGUGCAGGGGAUGGUGGAGACGCAGCGGGUGCUGCGGCGGGCGCAGUCGACGGGGAAGCGGGUGGAGCUGUGGCCCUACGUGCCCUACACCAACCCCUACGUGGCGCCGCCGGCGGCGUACGACAAGCGAGCGCCGCCGGGCCACGUCCGCCGCGUGGACGCCGUGAUGCCGGUCACCCCAGGCCAGGAGGAGCGCCUCGCCACCCUCUUCAGCGACGACAACCCCAACGCCUGCGCCGUCAUGUGAUGUGAUGUCAAACAAAAUUACACAGCGUGUAAACGACUUGGAAUUUUUCAUCCGAUAAAUUUGCCGUCAUGUAACUGUUUGAGAGUAAUUAAGGAAAUAAAUUAAGUUUCUUGCACGUACGCCCGAGUAUAUAUACUUAAUUUAUAGUGUACCAAUUGAGUCCACACGCUAGGGUCUACUGAAUAAGGAAUGAUUAAUAGUGGAGUGCAUGACU